UGAUUAUCCCCCGAGCGGUACGCCACUGUUUUAACCUCCUCACUCCUGCACACGUCCCAGAAGGCCCCGCACCUCGCAGUUGGGAGGUUUGUGUGUGGAAGGCCGCGCGCGUUCGCUGGGUGCCGUUGUUCUCGGGGGGCGAGUCCGGGUUGGAAGUCGGACCGGAGCGUCGCUCGGGGAUCUUCAGAGGCGCAGGCCGUCGACGGGGGAACCGCCGCCAUGCUAAUCCGCAGGAUCUCAGGCACCGUGACUUCAGCCUGAUCCAGAGGACGCCUGCUACUCCCGCUGCCACCCCCCACCCUGCUCCUCCUGAUCGUACGGUUUGGAUAAAGAAGGACGGUGUGUCGUUCGUUAGGAGGACGAAUCAAAAUGUCCAGGAACUCAGGACUCCUUCUGCUGGUGUUCGUGGCGCUCCACGCCGGAGGAAGUGCACGCAGCACCGGGCUGGACUCGAUGACCAGGCAGACCAACCCGGGGCGUUUAGCGGAGCUCCUGAGCAAGUCUGACGGCUCGCUGUCCAAACACGAGCGCCACAGAGCCAAGAGGUCCGUCUUCUUACACUCUGGAGUGAGGAUCUGCCCCAAGGAGACCCUGGAACAAGUCCUGGCCAGCCACCAGGCCUACUACCAGCUCAGAGUGUGCCAGGAGGCCGUCUGGGAGGCCUUCCGGAUCUUCCUGGACCGCAUCCCGGGGACGGUGGAGUACCAGCGCUGGGUGGGCGUCUGCCAGGACGAGUCGCUCUGCAUCUCCGACCUCGCCCGCAACUUCAGCGCCUCUGAGGAGCACAUGGACAUGAUCAAGAGGAGGAUGAGCAGACGGCCGGAUGGACGACAAGCAACCCGGGUGAUUCCGACGCCAGCAGCGACCCAGCGGGUUCCCCUGCUCACAGCAGGUCCCCAGGAGGAGUCCAGCCCAGCUCCGACCGAGGCCCCGGAGGUGUUCAGCACCACCAGUAGGGCUGCUCCGGGGGACCCUGCCGUUCCCACACCUGAACCAGAGCUGGACCCCGCCCAGCCCCCCCCUACAGCCCCAGAGGACUCGGAGCUCCCCAAUGUGGUGCCGGAGCGUCUCGUGGAGAGGGAGGUGGGCUUCAGCAUCGACCUGGUGGACCCCGGGUACCGAGAGCUGCUGGACGACCCCGACUCCCCCCAGUACAUCGACCUGGCCCACCACCUCCAGGACCAGAUGCAACACGUUUUCAACAAACUCCCGGGAUUCAAAGACAUCCGUGUGCUGGGAAUCAGUGAGACCGUGGACGCUGACAGCGCGUUGGGGGGCGUGACCGUCCGCUACUCGCUCCUCUUCGAGACCAGCUCACCGCCAGGCGCUGGCGAGGACCCGGAGGAGGCGGGGCCUGUUGCCGGGGAGACGGUGUCCCUGGGAGACGACCCCGGCCUGAGAGCCCUCGUGGCCAGGGCCCUACGGCAGGACGCCUCCCUGCCCAUCGACAUGGACUCACUGCGGUUCACCGCCAAAGACACCAUGCUUCCCGCUCUGACCCCCACCUCCGUAACAGCAGUAGAAGAACCUCAUGAGCCGGACUCCCACAACGACUUGGAAGUUUCCUCCGUUGAGCCGGAGGUGGAUAACCCCGGCCUGGCGGUGGAUAACCUCGGCCUGACGGAGGAUAACCUCGGCCUGGCGGUGGAUAACCUCGGCCUGGCGGAGGAUAACCUCGGCCUGGCGGUGGAUAACCCCGGCCUGGCGGAGGAUAACCCCGGCCUGACGGAGGAUAACCUCGGCCUGGCGGUGGAUAACCUCGGCCUGACGGAGGAUAACCCCGGCCUGACGGAGGAUAACCUCGGCCUGGCGGUGGAUAACCUCGGCCUGACGGAGGAUAACCUCGGCCUGACGGAGGAUAACCCCGGCCUGACGGAGGAUAACCCCGUCCUGACGGAGGAUAACCCCGGCCUGGCGGUGGAUAACCUCGGCCUGGCGGUGGAUAACCUCGGCCUGGCGGUGGAUAACCCCGGCCUGACGGAGGAUAACCUCGGCCUGGCGGUGGAUAACCCCGGCCUGACGGAGGAUAGCCCCGGCCUGGCGGUGGAUAACCCCGGCCUGGCGGAGGAUAGCCCCGGCCUGGCGGAGGAUAACCCCGGCCUGGCAGUGUCCCUCUCGCCGGUGGAGGAGGACAACGCCCUGGUGACCCUCCUCCACCCCACGGACGGAGCUCCGCCCGGGGACGGAGCUCCACCUGGGGACGGAGCUCCAUCCGCCGCAGGGAGCCAGGAACAUGACGCCAGCACCGGAGAGCCACCGUCAGACUCCCAGGGACCUACGGAGCUCGAGGUGGAGACGACCAGGGAGGAGGUGGAGCAGGAAGAGGAGGUGCCAAUCAUCACCCACGUGAUCGAGACCAUCCUUCAUGAGGACUCGCCGUCAGCGUCCGCAGGACUGACAGAGUCCGGAGUGGAGACAACCAGGGAGGAGGAGGAGGAGGUGCCAGUUAUCACCCACAUGAUCGAGACCAUCCAUCCCGAGGAGCCACCGUCUGCCUCCGAAGGACUGACAGUGUCCGAGGUGGAGACAACCAGGGAGGAGGAGGAGGAACAGAAGGAGCAGGAGCAGGAGGUGCCAGUUAUCACCCACGUGAUCGAGACCAUCCAUCCUGAGGCACCGUCGUCAGCCUCCGAAGGACCUAAAGAGCCCGAGGUGGAGACCACCCGGGAAGAGGAGGUGCAGGAGGAGGAGGAGGUGCCGAUCAUCACCCACGUGAUCGAGACCAUCCGUCACGAGGAGCCGCCGUCAGCCUCCGAAGGACUGACAGAAACCGAGUUUGAGACCAUCAGGUUUGAGGAGGAGGAGAAGGAGGAGGAAGAAGAGGAGGUGCCGAUCAUCACCCACAUGAUCGAGACCAUUCAUCGGGAGGGAACCGGCGAGCUGGUGAGGGACUACGUCCACACGCCCCCCACCGUGAUCCUGCAUCUGGAGACAUCCCCUCCUGACAACGGGGACCUAUCUCCCAACAUGAUCCCGGAGGAAGACCUCCUUGCGGUGGUGGAAGACCUCCUCCCGGGGUUGGAAAACCUCCUCCCGGUGGUGGAAGACCUCGCCCCGGUGGAGAACGCUGCAGAAAACCCAGGAUUGGGAGGGUUCCAACCCACCUUCGGGACCGUCCUAACCACGGAGAGCCCGGGCGAGUCUGACGUGGGACUUCCUGUCACGACGUUGGCCGCCAUGACGGGUCAGCCUCCCACGGAGGCGAUAGCAGGGCUUCUGGAAGACGAGGAGCUCAACGCUCUCCCAGACGAGGAGGAGAGAACCGAGCUCAUCACUCCUGAACCGGGGGCCCGGGGCGACGCCUUCGGGGUAGAGGUCACGGAGGACGAGGCUAAAGUUCAGGAGCAACCGGUGGAGGACACAAAGGAAGUGUUAACAGAAUCAGCAGAGGAUGUUGUGGAACUUUCUGAGCCCGAGGAAGUGGUGGUCGAGGUCCCCAAGAUCCCAGAACCUGCUGAAGUAGAACUAGAACAAGAAAGUCCUUCAGAACCGGAGGACGAUUCGCUCAAUGCUUUAGAACCUCAAGAUGAGGCUCUUGGAGCUGUGGAGCCAGAGGAGGACUUGGUAGCCAAAGAACCAGCGGGUGAGGCUGUUGUGCAGUUAGAGGCUGAGACAGUAACUGAUUCACCAGAAGAGGAGGUGGUUGUUGAGGUAGAGAGUGAGAAGGUUACUGAAGCACCAGAGGAGCUGGAGGUUAUGGAGGUAGAGAAGGUUACUGAAGCACCAGUUGGUGGUGUGGUGUUAGAGAAUGAAGUAGUUGAAGAACCAGUAGAGGACGUAGUUGGAGAGAUGGAGUUGGAGAAUGAGUUAGUUGAGGAACCACUAGAGGAAGCGUUAGAUUUACAGAUCGAGGAACAAGAAAGGGAGAAGGUUGAGCAACCAGAAGAUGUGGUCGUAGAGGUUGAUGAGUUAGAGGCUGAAAAGGAGCCAGAGGGGUUGGAAGAUGGGAUUGUUAGAGCAGUAGAUUUAGAGAAGGAGAGCUUAGUUGAAGCAGUUGGAAACCUUUCAGUUGAGUCUGAGAAAAAGGAACAAGAAUCAGAAGAGGAGAUAGUUGUAGAGGUGGUUGAGGAGAACACGGAGCACCCAGAUCAACAGGAAGAAGUAGGAAUAGUACAGGAAGUGCCUUCAGAACUGGAGGGCGGUCUGGUCAAUGCUGUAGAACCCCAAGAUGAGACAGUGUUGGAGUUAGACAAUGAGACUCUAACUGAAGCUCCAAAAGAGGAUCCAGUUGAAGACCCGACACCAGAAGUGGAAGUUGAGGCUCCACAGCCAGGAAAGGAGUUGUCCGAGACAGAAGCAGAAGAAGUAGACAAAGAGGAGGCCACAAAAGCUCCAGAACCCAGUAUAAUGGCAGAGAUUUUAGAACCAACUCCAGAACCAGAACUAGACAACAGUUUAACUGAGGAACGAAAUGACGACGGUGAAGGGGAUACAGAGGUAUUGGAAUCAGAACCCGAAGCUGAGUCAAAACCAGAGGGAUUUAGUGUAGUAGAGGUUUUGGAACCGGAGGAUGAUGCUUCUAAACCCGCCACACCUGAGGACGAGUCUGCAAACCUCCUGGAGCCCGACGCACAGCCAGACGCAGGGAUGGACCUGCCUGCACCGCCAGAAACACAUGAAGACAAGAUUGAGGAAGUGGUGGACCCGGAACCAGACAGAACGCCUGAGGGGGUGGCUGUCAUCGAGGAGGAGGUUUCACAGGUAGAACCCGAUCCACUGGGAGCUGGCGUUGUGGACCCUAAACCAGACACACCAGACCCUGCAGGAGUGGAGGAGGCUGUGGAGGUUCUAGAACCAAAAGCCGAAGCAGCGGACAUUACUGAACCAACCGCGCAAACCAUUAAAAUCCUGGAGCGCUUGGAGGACGAGGAGGACUUUUACUUUGUAGGACAUGCUGUUGAGGUGGUGGACGAUUCCUACUUCCUUCAGCCCUCUGACUACAACCAACAGUCCAGGGGGGAUAGCCUUCCAAUAACUACGGACGGAUACGACUAUCCAAUCAUUGAUGACAUCUAUGUUGACCGGGGCGUCGACCCCAGUGUUGAGGAGGAGGAGGAAGAAGUCAGCCAAUCAGAAACAGGCGUUGAGUCGGAGCAAAUGGCAGGUGGAACAGGGGAGACAGCGGUGUCUGCGGGCUCCUCAGAGACCGGGGGAGAUGGAGCUGAAGGUGGCUCACCCAGAGAGGCGGAGCAAACGCCCUCAGAAGAACAGAGUGGUGUGACGGCUGAUCCCCUCCCGGACUCCCUCCCCGCCGCUCCCCAACCUUCUGACACAGAACCAGCGCUUCCCACCGCGGCCCCCCCGGGUCUGUCUGGGGCGGAGGCGGCGCCUACGUCAGCCUCGGAGGAGGUGGAGGAGAUGAAGGAGGUGGAGGAGAUGAAGGAGGCGGAGGCGGUUCCUACGUCAGCCUCAGAGGAGGAGGUGGAGGUGACGGAGACUGCUGUGGUCAUCAUGGAGGAGGAGCUAGAGGAGAGGGAGGAGGAGCUAGAGGAGAGGGUGGAGGACCUGGGGGGUGGAGGCCCCACCAGCCCACCGGCCGUCGAGAUGGAAGACGUGUCAGACGACGUGAAAGAUCUGCCGGUUGAGUUCGACCAAUCGGACGCGCUGAGCCCUGAGUCAGCUGAUCCGCAGAGUGAGGGGAGUGGCUUGGGGUUCCUGGAUUCCAGCACCACGGUGGCUCCGCCCACGCAGAGAUACCUGACCACGCCCACCAUGACCACAGCCAGUCAGGGCCGGGAGCUGGUGGUGUUCUUCAGCAUGCGGGUCACCAACAUGAAGUUCUCUGAGGACCUCUUCAACAAGACGUCUUCAGAGUACCGCUCCCUGGAGAGCAGCUUCAUGGACAUGCUCCUCCCCUACCUGCAGUCCAACCUGACGGGCUUCCGGCAGCUGGAGAUCCUGAACUUCCGGAAGGGCAGCGUGGUGGUGAACAGCCGGAUGAAGUUCCGGCGCACCGUGCCCUACAACGUCACCGAGGCCGUGACCUGCCUCCUGGAGGAGUUCUGCUCCUCCAAGAACCACCUCCACUUCCACAUCGACAGCCACUCGCUGGACGUGGAACCAGCGGACCAGGCGGACCCCUGUAAGUUCCUGGCCUGUGAUAGGCUGUCGCGCUGCGCGGUGCGGCGGCCGGGCGGGGAGGCGGAGUGUGUGUGUCAGCCCGGCUACGUCUCAUUGGACGGCCUGCCCUGCCAGAGCGUGUGCCUCGUCCAAUCGGAUCGCUGCCCCGCGGGGAGCCGCUGUGAGGUCAUACCGGGACGGGGAGCGGUGUGCAGGAGGGAGGCUGGAGGCCGUGCACUCAGCGGAAUGACCGGGUAGGAGGACGGGACCCUGGACCAUCACAGCACCAGGUCUGAUGGAACGACGGCCAGCCAACAAUGAUCUCAUCUCCUCCAUCCCUCUCCCGCUUCAUCCUCCUCCUCCACCCCUCUCCUCCUUCAUCCCUCUCCUCCACCC